CGCUUCCCCGCAGCUCGCCCGGCACCGAGGUCGUGCCGGCGGGGAGGGGACCGCACGGCAAUCCCGCCCUGGCGGCAGUUCCUCGCCGCCCACCACUUCUCCCGACGCAGCCCGGGCGCCCCCCGGCCUCGCAGGGCUCUUACCUUCGGCCUCGCCGUGGUGAGCGAUACCCGGCGGCGCAUCUCCAGGCGGGUCGAGGGCGGGAGGCCCCUGCGGUCUGCCCGGCUUCAACUGCCGGGAGUGUCCGCCGCCUCCUUGAGGAGCAGCCCUCCGCCCCGGGAGGGUGCUGGCGCAGAGCUGCCGGGGCCUUUCGGAGAAAUGUCCCCCCGCGGCACUAAAAGCUGUAACUUUUGCAAGGCUUGUGACAUGAAGUAGGGCAGCCAGCAUUUGAAGAGCUCUGUCAUAAGUACAGCUGUAUCUCUGAAAGUCCACACAUUUGUUGGAGAAUCUUCCCAAAGCUUGCUCAAAUCGGAACCCGGAGACUUCCCAAAACCUUCAUAAUGGAGUUCUUGGUAUCCAAAGGAGACUGUGUUAGAUGUUCCAAAAAAUCUUUAUUGCUACUUUUAGUAUGUGUAAUAGUUCUUGUGUGCACUGAUCAGGACUACUAUAGUUUACUUGGAGUGUCCAAAGAAGCAAGUAGUAGAGAAAUACGACAAGCAUUUAAAAAACUGGCACUGAAGUUGCACCCUGAUAAAAAUCAGAACGAUCCAAAUGCACAUGAAAAUUUUUUGAAAAUAAAUAGAGCAUAUGAAGUACUUAAAGAUGAAGAUCUACGGAAGAAGUAUGAUAAAUACGGAGAGAAGGGUCUUGAAGAUCAGCAGCAAGGAGGUCGUUAUGAAAGCUGGCACUAUUAUCGCUAUGAUUUUGGUAUUUAUGAUGAUGAUCCUGAAAUUAUAACACUGGAUAGGGGAGAAUUUGAUGCUGCUGUUAACUCAGGAGAAUUGUGGUUUGUGAAUUUUUAUUCUCCUCGAUGCUCCCACUGCCAUGACUUAGCACCUACGUGGAGGGAGUUUGCUAAGGAGAUGGAUGGAGUAAUACGCAUUGGAGCUGUCAACUGUGGAGAUAAUAGAAUGCUUUGCCGAAUUAAAGGGAUUAAUAGUUAUCCCAGUCUGUAUGUUUUCAAAACUGGAAUGCAACCAGUGAAAUAUUAUGGAGAUAGGUCAAAGGAGAGCUUAAAGAACUUUGCCAUGCAAUAUGUUACAAGCGCAGUCACUGAGUUAUGGUCAGGAAACUUUGUUAAUGCCAUUGAAACUUCAUUUGCUUCUGGUGUUGGUUGGCUGAUCACCUUCUGUGCUGAACGUGGGGAUUGCUUGAGUUACCAAACACGCCUUAAGCUAGCUGGCAUGUUGGAAGGUCUUGUUAAUGUAGGCUGGAUGGACUGUGGCACCCAGGGUGAGCUUUGUGAUAAUUUAGAUAUCUCAUCUAGUACUACAGCAUACUUUCCACCUGGAGCCACCAUAAAUAACAAAGAGAAAGGAGGUGUUUUGUUUCUUAGCUCCUUGGAUGCCAGAGAAAUAUAUCAGGAAGUAAUGAAGCAUCUGCCAGACUUUGAAAUGAUCCCUGCAGUAUCAUUAGAGGACCAUCUGGCUCAUCACCGAUGGCUGCUUUUCUUCCAAUUUGGAGAGAAUGAUAAAUCAAAUACACAGGAAUUUAAGAAACUUAAAUUUUUACUUAAAGGUGAACACAUUCAGGUUGGCAAGUUUGACUGUCUUUCCUCACCAACCAUCUGCAACAAACUGUAUGUCCAUCAGCCUUGUUUAGCAGUCUUCAAAGGAAAAGGCACUGGAGAUUAUGAAAUUCACCAUGGAAAGAAGAUCUUAUAUGACAUCGUGGCAUUUGCCAAGGAAAGUGUCAACUCUCAUGUUAUCACUCUGGGACCUCAGAACUUUCCUGACAAAGAGAAGGAACCCUGGCUUGUGGAUUUCUUUGCACCGUGGUGUCCUCCUUGUCGGGCUUUGUUACCAGAGCUGAGAAAAGCAUCCAAACAUCUUUAUGGUCAGCUUAAAUUUGGAACACUGGACUGUACUGUCCAUGAAGGGCUUUGCAACAUGCACAACAUUCGAGCUUAUCCAACAACAGUUGUGUUCAAUCAGUCUGAUGUUCAUGAAUAUGAAGGACAUCACUCUGCUGAGCAGAUCUUGGAGUUUAUAGAGGAUCUUCGGAAUCCAUCAGUGGUGUCCCUAACGCCAGAGACAUUUGUUGAAUUAGUUCAGAGAAGAAAACGAGAGGAAAUCUGGGUGGUUGACUUCUAUGCUCCGUGGUGUGGACCUUGUCAGGCUUUAAUGCCAGAAUGGAAAAAAAUGGCCAGGAUGUUAAAUGGAUUAAUCGGUGUAGGCAGUGUGGAUUGCCAAAAAUACUAUUCUUUCUGUCACCAAGAAAGCAUUCGAGGAUAUCCUGAAAUAAGACUCUUUCCUCAAAAAUCAAACACAGCUCAUCAGUAUUAUAGCUACAAUGGAUGGCACAGGGACUCAUAUUCACUGAGAGGCUGGGCAUUGGGAUACUUACCACAAGUGUCUGUAGACCUGACUCCUCAGAGUUUCACAGAAAAAGUUCUGAAUGGAAAAGAUCACUGGGUCAUUGAUUUUUAUGCUCCUUGGUGUGGACCAUGCCAAAAUUUUGCUCCUGAAUUUGAGAUCCUUGCAAGGGCUGUAAAAGGAAAAGUAAAAGCUGGAAAAGUUGACUGUCAGGCAUAUGGUCAGACCUGUCAAACUGCUGAUAUCAGAGCCUACCCUACUGUCAAGUUUUACCCCUACCAAGGAACAAAGAAAAGUGUUCUUGGAGAAUACAUAGACAGCAGGGAUGCAAAAGGUAUCGCUGACCUCUUGAAUGAAAAACUGAAAGCAAUUCAAGAUAAAGGAAAAAGAAAAAAGUCUAGAAAUAAGGAUGAACUCUGAGUGGUACUGGAGGUAGAUAUGAUUCAAAAUAUGCUGAAGCUGUGAAUAUAGAAGAUGCCAUGAGGAAAAUAGAAGGCUGAUUACGUUCAUGACAAGACUAAAGAGAUGAAAGCUAGCUUGAGUUCAUGGAUGUACAUGACUAUGACUUUUGUUAAACUGUGGGGAGAUGAAAGCAUUUUGAUUUUGGUGGAGGCAUUCAGUGUUUCUGCAAAUGAAUUCUGCAUGUCCCUCUUCUGAUGUACCAACUACCUUCUUCCUUGUCAAACAUUAGGGUUGACCAGAAAUGUGGACUUCUGCCUACCUGUUUAGUAGUUCCUUAUAUUUUUUUGUCUCUUUCCAAAUGCUUUUUGAAUGUGGCAUUCAGCCUGUGGCUGAAUAUGCACUCAAACCACUCUGCAAUACAGAACCACAAUGAGGGGUUGUCUAUUUGAAAGACAAAUAGUUUUACCUGGUGAUUAUUCUGCUUUGGGGUUGCAUUGUUGUCUAAUCAAUUGUUAAGAAAUAAAAUCAAAAACUGGUAGCAGGAUUGGUUUCCUGCCCUUGAGCGGA